CCCAUACCCGUACACGAACAACGCUAUAGCCGCCGCUCUUCAUGGAAACCAGAAAAUUUACUUUGGUCCCGCGUUGGAAUCAUUCCAAAGUAGAGAGGAUAAACCGCUUCAGAGAGGGUAUAAACAUCUACAACUGUAUUUUUCAGGAAGCUGGAUCUUCCAUCAAACUUGUACUGCCAAUAGAACCUGUGGCAACAAUUGGACUUUACGUGCACCAUGUUAACAAUUGGAUUUUUCAUCUCAUCUCACUUUUUCAAAUCCGAAAACAAUUAAAUUAUCUCAUCUCAUCUCACUAUCAAAUUAAAGCACCAUGUUAACAGUCAUAUACGAUAAGAGAUAUAUUCAUCAUCUCCAAUGGCAUCCACUCAUUUAAACACAUCAACCACUGUCCCCAAACCAGUAUAACCUGGAGAGGGCAAGAUAACUCUGUGUGGCAAUUACGAUAUGCAGAAAGCUUGGUUUUACGAGGAGUAUGGUCCCAAAGAAGUCCUCAAGCUGGGAGACUUCCCUAUUCCUACUCCCCUGCAUAACCAACUACAAGUCCAAGUUCGAGCUGCUGCUCUGAAUCCUAUUGAUUUCAAAAGACGGCAGCGACCCAUCUUUCCUUCAGACUUCCCUGUGGUACCUGGCUGUGACAUGGCUGGCGUAGUGAUAGGAAAAGGUGGAGGCGUUACGAAAUUUGAUGUAGGCGAUGAGGUUUAUGGCAACAUCCAAGAUUUCAAUGCAGGAGAAAAACUGAAGCAGCUUGGAACUCUGGCAGAGUUCAUAGUCGUGGAAGAGAGCUUGAUCGCAACAAAACCAAAUAAUCUUUCAUUUGAGGAAGCUGCAAGCUUGCCUUUAGCAGUUCAGACUGCAAUAGAAGGAUUCAAAACUGCAGGUUUUAAAGAGGGGCAAACCGUUUUUAUUGUUGGUGGAGCAGGAGGUGUUGGAACUUUGGUCGUUCAACUAGCCAAGCACUUGUAUGGUGCUUCUCAUGUUGUUGCUACCACUAGUACCCCAAAGGUGGAAUUCGUCGAAAAAUUGGGUGCUGAUAGAGUUGUUGACUACAGAAAGACUAGAUAUGAAGACGUUGAUGAAAAAUAUGAUUUUCUCUAUGAUACAAUUGGCGAUUGCAAUAAUUCUUUUGUGGUAGCUAAGGAUGAUGCCCCAAUUGUUGACAUAACAUGGCCUCCAUCUCAUCCAAGAGCUAUAUAUUCAAGCUUGACAGUGUGCGGUGAUAACUUGGAGAAGCUUAGGCCAUAUUUGGAGAGUGGAAAGCUUAAGGCUGUGAUCGAUCCAACUGGCCCAUAUACUUUUGGAGAUGUAAUUCAAGCUUUUGGGUAUCUAGAAACAGGAAGAGCAAGAGGAAAAGUUAUCAUCUCUCCCUUCCCUUCACGUCAUCUUCCUUCUUCUGUUCCAUCCGCCCAAGACCAAUGUAACAUCUGAAAUGGCUCCUCAGAAAUUGUCUGUUUACCGAGUUGUGGUGCAGAACUACACAUAUGCCAACUGAUAUCUCUGAAUUCUAUUU